AUGACUGACUGCUGGAGCAUCUUCCUCUGUCGGGAACUCGGAAGUAGCAUCUGUUUAGCUACAGAGAGAUCCUCCUGUGAUGAUGAGGCAGAAGAGAAUUAUCACCAGGUGGUGGUGUCUGAUGUCAUCCAACUUAUCCCUGAUGAUCAGCCUGUGCUGGAGAUACAAACAGAUGACAUCAUGCAUCAGGACACCUUCCCAAUGUGUGCAGCAGAAAUUGAGGAUCAGCUGAAGCAGCAGUUUGCCUAUUUGUCAGGUGGAAGGGGAGAAAAUGGGUGUCCUGUCAUCACUUUCCCAGAAUACCCUGCAUUCAGCGAGAUCCCAGAGAUGGAGUUUCAGAAUGUACUGACGUAUCUAACAAGUGUUCCCAGUUUACAAGAUGCAGGAAUUGGAUUUAUUUUAGUCAUUGACCGGAGGCUGGACAAAUGGACAUCUGUGAAAGCAUCAAUAUUAAGGAUUGCGGCCUCAUUCCCAGGGAACCUGCAGCUUGUCAUUGUUUUGCGUCCUGCAGGAUUCUUCCAUCGCACCCUGGCAGAUAUUGCCUUGAAAUUGAACAAAGAUGACUUUAAAAUGAAGGUACCGAUCAUAAUGCUGAAUUCAGCCGCAGAAUUACAGAGCUACAUCGACAAGACACAGCUUACACGAGACCUAGGUGGCACACUGGAUUAUUGCCAUACAAACUGGCUUUUACAUAGGACGGCUAUAGAAAGUUUUGCUCUAAUGGUGAAGCAGACUGCACAGACGCUGCAGGUGUUUGGAACAGAGUUGGCUGAGACAGAGCUCCCUAAUGAUGUAUCAACAACCAAUGCUCUUCUAGCUGUGCACACUGAGAAGAAAGACAAGAUGAAGCAUGAUCUGAGGCUGGCUUUGAAACAGGGUAGUGACAUCUUAGAGCAGAUCAAGCAACCUGUUAAAGAAAAUCCAGAAUACAAGAUGAAUCAAGACCAACAGGACAACCAGACAACUGUGGAGAGGCUUAUCAUACAGCUUAAUGAAACAGAAACCGCUUUUGAUGAAUUUUGGUCUAAACACCAACUAAAACUUGAACAGUGCUUGCAACUUCGGCAUUUUGAGAUGAAAUUUCGAGAGAUCAAGGCUGCUUUGGACAGUAUCUCUGAGAGGUCAACCGCAUACAGUGAUGUGGGGAAUAGCUGCUCACAUGUAGAACACAUCCUGAAGGAUCUCUGCAACUUUGAGGAAAAAUCCCAGGAGGUGAUACAGUCUGCACAAGCAUUAGCAAGAGAAGGUGACCAUCUCAUCCUAAGCAAUCACUACGCAGUGGAUUCCAUCCUUCCAAAAUGCAAUGAGCUUCAUCACUUGUGCGGCAGCAUCAGCAGUCACAUCCAGCAGAGAAGGGAAUACCUUUACAAAUCUUUAGAUCUGCAUCGACGCCUAGAGAAGACAAUGGAAUGGUGUGAUGAAGGUAUUUACUUACUGGCUUCUCAACCGGUGGACAAGUUCCAGUCUCAGGAUGGGGCAGAAUCAGCACUGCAAGAGAUAGAAAGGUUCCUUGAAAGUGGCACUGAAAACAUCAUAAAGGACUUGCCUGUUGUUUUCGCACAAUAUGAAGCAAUUUUCACAGCGGAGUUACAGGAACAUGUCAAUAAAGUGUUCCAGAAGCAGCAAAGUAUGCAAGAAAUGUUUGAGAAGCGGAAAGGAAGCCUUAGAAAACUAGCAGCUAAACAGACCCGGCCUGUGCAGCCUGUAGCGCCUAGACCAGAAGCCUUUGCCAAAUCCCCCAAUUCUUCUCCAGGUCUCCAGAGGGCUUCUGAGCACAGAGCUAGUCCCGAAACUGUUCUUCAAAGAAGGAUGCACUACCGGAGAACAAAGAGUGAGGUGGAUGGUCCACUCAGGAGUUGUUCAGUGAUGGAGGAUGAAGAAAAUCUGGCUGUAUUAAGAAGGCAUGUAAUGAAUGAGCUCAUUGAGACAGAAAGAGUUUACGUUGAAGAACUUCUGUCUGUUCUUGAGGGUUAUGCAGCUGUUAUGGAGAACCCCUUAAUGAUGCACCUACUCUCACCACUGCUGCACAAUAAGAAGGAGGUCUUGUUUGGCAAUAUGGAAGAGAUCUACCACUUCCAUAACAGGAUAUUUUUGCGAGAAUUGGAAAAUUACAUUGACUAUCCAGAGCUAGUAGGAAGAUGUUUUCUUGAAAGGAUGGAAGAUUUCCAGAUAUAUGAGAAGUACUGCCAGAACAAGCCCAGGUCAGAGAGUCUGUGGCGCCAGUGCUCAGAUGCAGCUUUUUUCCAGGAAUGCCAGAGGAAGUUGGAUCACAAGCUUAGUCUGGACUCUUACUUACUGAAGCCUGUACAAAGGAUAACAAAGUACCAGCUUUUACUGAAGGAAAUGCUGAAGUACAGUAAGAACUGUGAAGGAGCUGAAGAUCUGCAGGAAGCUUUGGCUUCUAUUCUUGGUAUACUCAAGGCUGUCAAUGACUCCAUGCACCAGAUAGCCAUCACCGGUUAUGAGGGAAACCUUAAUGAUCUUGGGAAACUUCUGAUGCAAGGCUCUUUCAGUGUGUGGACUGAGCAUAAAAAAGGCCAUUCCAAAGUAAAGGACCUGGCAAGGUUUAAGCCAAUGCAGAGACACUUGUUUCUGCAUGAGAAGGCCGUGCUGUUCUGCAAGAAGAGGGAAGAGAAUGGGGAGGGCUAUGAGAAGGCCCCCUCUUAUAGCUUCAAACAUUCCUUAAAUAUGGCAAGUGUCGGAAUAACCGAGACUGUAAAAGGGGACAGCAAGAAAUUUGAAAUCUCUUACAAUUUAAGAGAAGAAGUUUACAUUGUUCAGGCCCCAACACCUGAAAUAAAGGCUACCUGGGUAUCUCAAAUUAGAAAGGUAUUGACUAGCCAGCUAGAAGCAUGCAGAGCCAGCCAGCACAAAUCAGUUGAGCAGACCAAUAGUUCUCCUCUACCCACUCUGUCUAGCACCAGUCCUCUGAGAAGUAAAUCAGGAAAGAUUAAAAAGCUGGAAGAGAGAAAAAAUGAGCCCUUAAGUCCUGAAUCUUCUUCAGUAACAUUACCAAAGUACCUUGAGAAAGGUAAAGAUGGCACAGUUACUAGCCCUACCUCAGAAUCUUCUGCAGUUUCAAAAAAGCGCUUCACUUUGCAGGGUUUUCCUAACCUCAAAACUCAGAAAGCUUCCCCUACCAGCCCUGACAAAAAAACUAAACGUCAUGAAGUAAAGAGUGACCCAACUCCAUUUGGUUUAAGAGGUUGGAACAGAACAUCACAGUCACUGGAUGCUUCAGAAGAAAAUAAUGAUGGAUGGUCCAGUGGGGAAGAUCCAAUUAAUUCUUCUGAUGCUGAGGAAGAAGGAGGAGAAACAGUGGAUAAAAAGUUGUGCCCUGGGAAAUAUACAGUAGUGGCGGAUUAUGGAAAGAAUGGUUCAGAUGAGCUUCUGGUGAGAAGUGGAGAUACAGUUCAGCUUAUACGUGAAGAGGAGGAGGGAAUGUGGUUUGUGAAGAAUCUGAGUACCAACAAAGAAGGAUUAGUGCCUGCCAGCAAUCUUAUGACUCUCAUUGGGACUUCCAAGUCAGUACAUUCUCUCAGUAGUUCAGAGUCAGGAACUGCUUCAAGCACUUUAAGCACCUCAUCGAGUUGCAGCGAAAGCUGUAAUGCCAGUAGCACCAGCUUUUCAGAUAUCAAGGGCUGAACGUCAACAAAGUAUGAACAAGGCAGGAAUGACCCAGUUGGCUAAGUCCAGACUGCAAAUCGAACGAGAAGAACUAGGAGGAAAGAUGCCUGGCAGAGGUCUGAAAAUGAAGAUGAAUACCUGUCCCACCAAAUAGGCACAAAGUGCCUUUAUACCUCUCCCUGCCCAGUUGCAUGCAAGCAAUCCAAGCCAAUUAAUAUGGUAGUAAAGGAGGUAUGAUGUUACGUGCCAGAGUGACUAAAGGGGUCGAACACUGCACUUUCUGUAUUUGACAUUCAGUUUACACAACUGAAAUCAGUGUUUACGCCAUCAACAUUUCACCUUCUAGUGGUGAAAACCAUCACCGCUGCAGGACGCGUCUCAGUGUGACAUCAAAUAUGGAUGGUGCUUUAGCUCCACAUUCCAAGACAGUGCACUGUCUGCAAGUGCAUCCAGUUAUUCACAUGCAGGUGCAAAAUGAAUCUGUAAAGACUAUUAUACUUUGUACUUUUUUUUACAGUGUUGAUUAGAUGUUUUGUGACUCAAUUUUUAAAAAAAGAAAAAAAAACUGUCAGUUUUACAUGGCACGGGAAUUUGAUACAAAAUUAUUUUUUUCCAUACUUCAGAAGCAAGCCUUUGUA